AUGGAAGUUAUGAUGAUCAUAAUCUUGGUUAAGACUUUGAUGGUACAAACCUGCCAGGGUGAAAACCAACAACAGUUCAGCGAAACGUUUUACCUGGCUGAAAACCAAGCCUUACUGAAUCAUGUGUUUCAGUUGAAGACUGUAUCUUCUCCUGUGAUCUGUGGGCGAGACUGCUCUAUGGAUCCACAGUGUGCAUCAUUCAACUACCACAUCAUAAAAGGUAUUUGUGAAUUGAAUAAUGCCAGCAGAGCCCACAGCCCUGAUGACUUUGUUGAGAUUCAAGGAAGUGCCUACUAUGAUGACAACUUGGACACUUUAUCAUUUUCACUACCCAGCACUACCACUACAACAAGUUACAGUAGUUGUCUGGAGAUGUACCAAGCUGGUUACAGCAUCAAUGGUUUAUACACCAUCUUUCCUUCAAGCGUGCCUGAUGGGUUACAGGUUUACUGUGAUAUGGAGACAGAUGGAGGAGGCUGGAUCGUGUUCCAAAGGAGGCAAGAUGGCUCUAUUGACUUUGACCGUACCUGGGCUGAUUACCAAUCUGGGUUUGGUGAUGAUCUACAGAAUGAGUUCUGGUUGGGGAAUGAUAUCCUACGUGACCUUACUGGGUCAGGUCAAUGGGAGCUCAGAGCAGAUAUGGAAGAUUGGGAGUCCAACACAGCUUGGGCGUCCUAUGGUGAGUUUGCUGUUACAGGAGCCAAGUACACUCUCCAGGUUGGUUCAUAUGAUGCUCAGAGUACAGCAGGUGAUUCAAUGGCAGUUAGUAAUGGCCAUUCAUUCUCAACGGAGGAUCAGGACAAUGAUGCGUGGUCUAAUGUCAACUGUGCCAAGCGAUAUGAUGGGGCCUGGUGGUUUAAUACCUGCUUUCGUGCUCAUCUGAACGGUAAAUAUUAUCCAAGCCAAGAUGUGACACAAUCACAUGGAAUACAAUGGAAAGAGUGGAAAGGGAAAUACUACUCCUUGAAGAAAUGCAGCAUGAAAAUACGGCAAGUUUUGUAA